UCUAAUGCCGCUGCCGCCGUAGCAGUCCCUCCCGCCCUUUAGGGUUUCUUCCUCGAACGAACCGAAUGGACGAGGGAGAUUCCUUGACCCUAGCGGAUCUCUUCAAAUCCCUUCUUCAUGGCGCUUCUCCCAUCGACGGCCACUCGGUCCACCCUUCUUCGGCCGAGCGUCGGCGUUCCAUGAAAUGUAAGUCAGCCAAAAGAAGGAAGCGCUCACCCCUCCGAAGUGUAGUGAUUGGGGACUUCGUAUGGGCAAUGGCUUACCCUCUAACAUGGUGGCCCGGCCAAAUCGAGAGCUGUAAGGGACCCCUUAUGUCGGUAUCCUUCUUCGGCUGCAAUAAAACCCGCUGCUUCAGCUCGUCCGACAUCCUUCGAUUCGAAGAGGCUUAUCCUCGAAUGAUAAAAAUGGUGGGAAUGAAGUUAUCUAAUGAGAUCGGUCUUGCACUGGAUGAGCUGGCGGGGAGCAUUGCGGUGGGUUUGAAGUGUUGCUGUAGAGUUUCUGCUGUAGAUAAAGAUGGAUCAUUGGCUGUGAAGAAGGGAUUCAAUCCAGAGGAGAUCCAACGUUUCCUGCUUGAUAAGGCUGUUUCGCCGCGAGUUGUUGGGGAGGAGUUCGCGACUGUGGUUAGGGUUUCGGCUGCUUUAAAUUCCUUUCGUUGUGCUUUGGUAGUGUGCAAUACGAGUGAAGUAGAUGAAGGGUUUUGCACAGAAGCUGUUUUGAAUUUUGUUCAUGAUAUGGCUGUUAAUCUGUGUGUUGAUGGUAAGGCUGUGGCUCAGCUGCUUGCUUUUCGAAAAUUUGUUUCGGUGAAGCCGUCUUGGUUUUAUCAGCCAGAUUGGGAGUUCGAGGAGGAUAGUUUAGAUAGUCAUGAGAUUGAAGUUGAUCUCGAACUACCGGACUUCACAUCCGAGGAUGAGCUAUAUCACAGAAGGACUAUGGAUCAAAAGUUUGAUGUUUCCAUUAAACCACAAGAGGAAUACCAGUUGUUAGACUUGAAUAUGCACGAGGGCAGCGAGAUGUGUGUGUUAAACAUGGUAGAUUUAUGUAUGUUUGAUACAGAUGAGAAGUUUGAAUCUCCGAUCUAUGAUCAGCAUCAGUCGGACACCAAUGCGACUGAGUCAACACAUACAGCUUUACACGAAAAUACAAGUGAUGCGAGUAUCUUGCUUUCAUGCACAGAAGGCGCAUCAGCAACUUCUUCGAAUAGCGAACUCGGUAUGUCUUCGCCUCAGACUUGCCCUAAUCAUAGUCUCCAGGUUCUAUCUUCAUCGGAAAGCACAUUGCUACGGACCGUGCCAUUGUAUACUGGGCGAUUGCACAACCUUCCUAUCAACAAAUGCAGUAUAUAUUCUCCCUUCAAUGCUUUGAAAUGCUUUAACCCCACUAAUACUGCUCAAAGUAUUGCUUUGAUUCCUGAGAUGGCUCCUUUUGCCGAAACUUCUCUGCAGAUUUCUCCCAAUAAAAGAAAGCUUUAUGAACUCACUACAUCUAAAAAUUACAAAUCUACCCAAAUGUCACUUCCAUGCACUGAAACCUUUGCAUCAUCUGUUAAUGUCCAUAAUGUGAUUGAUAGAGCUCUUUUUGUUCAAAACCAACCUUUUUUGAAAUAUUCCGGGCAUGUCUCUAAGAUUUGUUAUAGAAAUAGACCUCGAAAUCACCAUUUUGAGUCAAACCCCAAAGCUUUUUAUAUUUCACCAUUGAUGAGGAACAACAGAUCGAAGCCUUUGGAUCGUAAAAACCGCAUAGAUUCGUCAGUGUCGGUUUUGUUGAAUAUGAAGUUCCCAAAGGAUUAUAGUCUGCCCUCGAAAGAAGAACUUGAGAAGAAGUUCAGUGUUUUCGGGCCAUUGGAUCACACUAGAACAAAGGUUUUCUUCUACACCGGAGUUGGUCAGGUAGUUUUUCUGCACCAGGCUGAUGCAGUUGUGGCUUAUAACUAUGUUACAAAGAAGAGAAUAUUUGGUAAAGCUAAUGUGCGCUUUUGGUUCUAUAAAUAUGAAAUUUGUAGAAAUGAUUGCGGCAAUGCUUCCUUGAAUGCCAAGCCUUGCCUUAGAAAACCGUGCACGCCCGAGCUGAUAAAUGAUGAUAAGAACAAUUGCAGAGUGAGAUUUGCAACUUGA